CAUCGUCGCAUUAUGACCAUUACACAUCCCGUUAAACUUCGUAAGAGUUGUGUGCUUAAGUAUAGAGCAGGUGUGUGUUUGCGUGUGUGCGCGCGUGCGUGUGUUGAGGAUGUCGAACGGGGAGCGCGUGGUACUAGCUCUCGGUGGAGCGGGCACUGUGGGCUCCGGGCUGGUCAAGGCUCUUCUGGAUAGAGGUUUCAAGGUUGCUGUGAUCUCCAGAGACAAGAGUAAACUAGAGAAGCUCAGAGGCUUUGUUUCGCCCUCCACCAAAGGCAACCUGACGACUCUAGUAGGGAAUGUUGGUUCAGAGGGGGAGGCUGAAGAGGUGAAGCAAACCCUGUUGAAGUCUGUGGGGAAGAUUACAGAUGUGGUGUCAUCUCUGGGCUUCAGCUGGUGGCAAGGAGGACCACCACACACCCAGCCUCUCAAAGAACUCCACUGGGUUAUUGAGACACUUCUGUUCAGCACAUUUGUAUCAUGGAAAACAUUCUUCCCCCUGGUGAGAGAUGAUCCCAGUUGCACCUACACAUUUAUUACAGGGGGUGCUGGGGAAAAGCUGCUGAUGCCAGGAACAGGCUUCUUGACGGUGGGCUCAGCCAGCACUCUGGCAUUUUGUCAGAUUCUGCUAGAAGAGUACCAAGAAGUUCCCUGCAAACUUAAUCAGGUGAAGAUUAACACAGGUGUUGGUACCCCAGAGCGCAUGGGGCCUGGGUACCUAAAUCAUGUGGAGUUAGGUGAGGCUGUGGCUACGCUGGUGGAAAGGAAGAAUAAAUCUCACACUGUCUUCAACAUAAACACUCCUGCCGACCUAAAAACCGUCAUCCAGUAACGAUGAGAGCAAUUUGUAGACUGUGUACACCAUAAACACCCUUCAGACUAUCAGAAAUACAGCGCGUUGGUUAUACUUAGCAUCCAGUUUAUUGUUGUCCAUUUGUUUUAUUUACUUUGCAUGCCAACUAAUACACAAAGCUUAAUCACUGUCAAUGCCUUUCCAAUGUAUUUAGGUCAGACUAACACAAUACACAGUAGAACUGCACAGCUUCUGCAGGGUGUAGCUGUGCACAAACGCACUUGGUUUGAAAAUAGCAGUGUGACUCAAGAGGCACAGAGACGGACUGUGUGGUAAUGUGAGAAUGAAAGAGAUGAAAUAUCUUGGACUGUAUUCCAGCUUUAUAGUUUAAUCCAGGCUUCAGGUUGAUGGGAGAGUGUUAGGACAGAAAGAGGGAUCUGAUCUCCCUAGCGUGACUCCCUGCCCUGCUCACAAAUAUCCUUCAGUCUACAUCUGUUCUGCUUAUGUGGUUCUAGUUAUCCUGCAUCACACUGCAUGAAAAUAAACAGAGACGAAUGUCAAACCAAGGGAGAUCUCAUAGAAGGUAGAUCUUUUUAGUUUGUUUAUUGUCAUGGUGUAAUUUACAUAUAUGCUUGAGUAUGUAUUUGUCAUUCCAAUAAAAAAAAAAUUGAAUUCA